AUGGAUUCGGGGUCCUUCUCCACCUACCCUGCCGCCGCCGCCGGCGAGGUCUGCCACUGGAACAAGCUGAGCGUGGAUCUCAUCGAACUGAUUCUGUCUCUCCUGCCGGUGAGAUCGAUCGUCCGAGCCGGAGCCGUCUGCAAGUUCUGGCAAUUCCUCAUCACCCACCCUUCCUUCGCCGCCAGAGUGGCGGCCGCCGCUCGGGCCCCCUGGUUCUUCCUGUACGGCCAGAACAACGUCCACCUCCGCAGGAACCAGGCGUUCGCCUUCGAUCCGGCCUCCGGUGAGUGGAUCCACCUGCCGCCGAUCUACCUCUCCACCGUCUCCAACGAUGAGGACGAGCAGCGGCAGCCGGACGAGUACUUCGUCGGUUCUGGCGGCUUCAUCUUCGCCACCAGCGGCUCCACUCGGACCAGCUUCUGCUACGCGCCGCUCCUCCGCGGCGCCGGGGCGGCGCCGAACACCUGGCGAGAAACCCCGCCGCUGUGCUUCUCCCGCCGGAACCCUGUAGUCGGCGUGCUCCGCCGCCGGGGCGAGUUCAAGUUCAUCGUCGCUGGCGGGGUGCGGUUCGUCGGCGGCCUGGUGGACAUCGAGGAGCAGCUGGCCGUGGAGAUCUUCGACUCCGCCGGUGGGGGAUGGCAGCUCUGCCCGCCGCUCCCGGCUGAGUUCCGCUCGGGGAACUCCUCUCAGGGCCUCUCCUCCGCGCUCCUCGGCGGAAACUCUUUCUUCGUCUUUGGGAUCUACUCCGGCCUCCUCGCCCGCUUCGACAUGUCUCUGCGAGUGUGGAGCGGAGUGCAGACCCUGCGCCCUCCGGGGGUGAUCUUUUCCUUCCUGGUGGCCUGCAGGGACCGGCUGGUGCUGGCUGGGCUGCGCAUCUCCGCCGGCGGCGCGCCGUCGUUCGAGCUAUGGCGGGUGGAGGCGGACGGCGGCGGAUGCAGCGAGAUGGGGGCGAUGCCGGAGAAGAUGCUGCUGGGGAUAUUCGACGGAGACGAAGAAGAGAGGUUCGCCAGCCUCAGGUGUGUUGGGGCGGACGGCCUGCUGUACGUCUUCAAUGAGGCUCACCACAGAGCGUACCCGGCCUGCGUCUGCGAGAUCUCCGGCGGCGGUGCCGGCCGCUGCGCCUGGAGAGAGGUUCCGCCGCUGCCAGCCCGGGUGAACCGGUUCCACAAAGUCAUCACCUUCUGCUCCGCCGUGCCCCUGGACUCCGUUCUGAACUCCGGCGCCGGAAAACCGCCGUUGGCGGUGGCGGUGGCGGCGGCGGAUGGUUAUUCCUCGAGGCCAGUGCUGUAG